AAUUUUGACGGGUAAACCCAAAAAUAACCUUAUAUGGAAAACACUUCUGUUGGGGCGCUGGAAAAGCAAAGAAAAGGUCAUUGCUGCCUGUUUGUGUGUAUCUACGCGAAAGAGACAAUUGUGUUAGUGGGAGUAGCUUCAAGGAGUGAAGAGAAGACAUGGCGAGCGAAGACCAGCAGUUAGACUGUGCCCUAGACCUCAUGAGGAGACUGCCUCCACAGGAUAUCGAGAAAAAUCUCUCAGAUCUAAUCGACCUGGCUCCUGCUUUGUGUGAGGAUCUCCUGUCGUCAGUAGACCAGCCCCUCAAAAUUGCUCGGGACAAAACCACCGGCAAAGACUACCUCCUCUGUGACUACAAUAGGGACGGGGACUCAUACAGGUCACCAUGGAGUAACAAGUAUGACCCCCCUCUGAGCGAUGGAGCAGUGCCCAGUGACCGACUGAGACGACUCGAGGUGGAAGCCAACCAAGCUUUUGACACUUACAGAGAAUUGUACUUUGAGAGUGGAGUUUGUUCGGUGUACCUAUGGGACCUGGACCACGGGUUUGCAGGGGUAGUCCUCAUCAAAAAGGCUGGGGACACUGAGCGGACCAAGGGAUGCUGGGACUCGAUCCAUGUCGUGGAGGUUCAAGAGAAAGCUCAAGGACGCAAUGCCCACUAUAAGCUGACAUCGACUGUGAUGCUGUGGCUACAGACCAUCAAGGCAGCCUCAGGCACCAUGAACUUGGGGGGCAGUCUAACACGUCAGGCUGAAAUAGACCACGCCGUCAAUGAUUCUAAUCCACACAUUGCCAACAUUGGCAGAAUGAUUGAGGAUAUGGAGAACAAGAUUCGACAAACACUGAACGAGAUCUACUUUGGCAAGACCAGCGAUAUUGUUAACGAUCUCAGGUCAAUUAACGACUUGAAGCACAAAGACCAACAGCGUUUACUUGCCACAGAGCUCCAGCAGCGAAUGAAUCGUGGUGGAAACUAAACUGGAUAGAGUGCAUUUCAAAUAGUUGUGUAGCUGUUAGCUAAUUUAUAACCAUUCAUUUUGUGUAUGUAUAGAUUUUUUGAAUGUGAUUUUGAGCAAACAUAGGAACAAAGAUGUGUUGUGUUACUGUUUAGUUGCUUGGCAUUGUGUUCAUGAAACUGUGUGAGUGUUUUUUUGCUUAUAAUUAUACUUUCAA